AUGGACUACAUUGUAGAAGCGAUACAGAAUGGAGAUACCCAACUUAUGGAAUCACUAUUGAACGGAGGGCUCAGUCCCAACUCACAUAUAAGUGGAUUUGCACAUAUUCUGCAAGCUGCAGCAUGGCACAGCCAGAAUAACAUUGUCACGCUUCUACUACGGCAAGGCGCAGAUGUCAACUUGCGGCAUAGUCAAUUGGGAGGUGCUUUGGAAUCAGCAGCGGACCAGGGAUAUAUUAAGGUGGUAAAAACACUAUUGGACUGGGGGGCUGAUUUUGACGCUCAAGGCGGCAUAUAUUCCGAUGCACUCAAUGCUGCUAUGCGGCGCGGAAUAAGCGGCGGCCAUGACUAUGGCAGCAUCCUCGAGUAUGCAAUCGCCACCAAUAACCAGAAACUUGUAGAGGAGUUAUUAGAAAGAAGCGCCAGCGUUAACAAUAGUGGAUGA